CAUUCUCUGGAUUCAUCACCGUCAUCUAACGCUCAGUCUUGUCCAGACGGGGGCGCAGAUGUGCGCCAAACUUCCACAGAAACUUUCCUCCGCUCGUCCUUGUAGCGCAGAAUGUCAGGGGGGCUUUUUACCCACGACCACCAGUGUGUAAAGUCGGCGGGACUGUUCCUGAAGUCAUGCUGAGCGUCCUGGCGAGAGCGGCGUCCAGGCUGGGUGUAGGGGUGCCCUCUCACCUGGUGAGGCCGGUGGUGGGACUGCAGCUGUCCAUUCGCUCCACUGCACAUCAGGAGGGUCUGCCCAAACUCCCUGUCCCGCCACUUAAACAGACGUGCGAGCGCUACCUGGCCAUGCUGGAGCCGCUGGUCACUGAGGAAGAGCUGGAGCACACGCGUGCGCUUGUGGCCGAGUUCCUCCGGUGUGGUGGGGUGGGAGAAAGGCUGCAGAGGGGACUGGAGAGGAGAGCCCGCAAAACUGAGAACUGGCUCUCCGAGUGGUGGAUGCAGUCGGCCUACCUGGACUCUCGUAUGCCGGUUGCUGUAUACACAAGCCCUGGGGUGGUCUUACCCCAAAUGCACUUUCAAGACCGCCAGGGACAAAUGAGGUUUGCUGCCAAAUUGAUCGCUGGGGUUUUGGACUUCAAACAAAUGAUUGACAAUGAAACACUGCCUGUUGAGUACCUUGGAGGAAAGCCUUUAUGUAUGGACCAGUAUUAUCAGGUGCUGACAUCAUGUCGGAUACCAGGACCCAAGAAAGACACUAUGGUGAACUACGGCACUGGAAAGAUGCCUUCAACACACAUCACUGUGGUUCACAAUUUUCAGUUUUUUGUCCUGGAUGUAUACAACAGUGAUGGGACCCCACUGACAGUGGACCAGAUAUAUAUGCAGCUGGAGAAGAUCUGGAACUCUUCUUUACAGACCAAUAAAGAGCCUAUUGGCAUCCUCACUUCCAACCACCGCAACACUUGGGGCAAGGCCUAUAACAACCUUAUCAAAGACAAGACGAAUAAGGAGUCUGUGCGGGCCAUCCAGAAGAGCAUCUUCUUAGUGUGUCUGGAUGCCCCAAUGCCACGAGUGUCAGAGGACAUUUACUACAGCAAAGUAGCUGCCCAGAUGCUGCAUGGUGGAGGAAGCCGCUGGAACAGUGGGAACCGGUGGUUUGAUAAAACACUGCAGUUUAUAGUAGGGGAGGAUGGAUCGUGUGGACUGACCUAUGAGCACGCCCCAGCAGAGGGACCCCCCAUCGUGUUCCUAGUGGACCAUGUGGUGGAGUAUAUGAAGAGAACAGAGAUGGUACGAGCUCCCAUGAUCCCACUACCCAUGCCUCAGAAACUGCGCUUCAACAUAACACCUGAAAUCAAGAAGGACAUCGAGAAAGCCAAGCAAAACCUGAACAUAAUGGUUCAUGACCUGGAUGUUAGAGUGCUCAACUUCUCUCACUACGGGAGGAAAUGCCUGAAGUCGUUUAAAACCAGUCCAGAUGCCUUCAUCCAAAUGGCUCUUCAGCUGGCCUACUACAGGAUGUAUAAGAUGUGCUGCCCUACAUAUGAGAGCGCCUCCCUACGCAUGUUUAAGCUGGGCAGAACAGAGGCCAUCCGCACAACCUCCACAGAGUCUGUGAAAUUCGUACAAGCUAUGGACGACCAGUCCAAACAGAACUCUGAGAAGAUGGCACUUUUGGAGAAUGCCGUCAAAGCCCAUCGAACUUACACACACACGGCCAUCCAUGGGCAAGCUAUAGACAGGCAUCUGCUGGGCCUGAAGAUGCAAGGCAUUGAGGAUCUUACUUCUCUCCCUGAAAUCUUCAUGGAUACUUCCUACGCUGUGGCCAUGCAUUUCAACCUCUUCACCAGCCAGGUUGGAUCGAAGACGGAUUGUGUUAUGUGUAUUGGGCCGAUGGUCCCAGACGGUUAUGGGGUCUGCUACAACCCAAUGGACGACCACAUCAAUUUUGCUGUGACAGCCUUCAAUAGCUGUGAGGACACCAACGCCACCAAACUAUCUCGGUGCCUUGAGGAUGCAUUGCUUGACAUGAAUUCUCUUCUGGAGCAGACGGCCAAGCCUGCAGAGUGAGGCUUGGUACUGGUGAAAGGAACAGGCCGACAAGCCCUGAGUAAAAGUCAGUGAUAUCUGCUGUACCUGUGUGGUGCCAACUGGCACAAUGUGAACGCACAACAACUGUUUUCUCUCCCUUAUUUCUUUGAGCAACUUGCCACUAUUGAAAUGUUUGUCCCACAACAUUUUCAGUAAGUAUCAUUAGAGCUGCUGGAAAAAUCACCACCAUAACACUGCAGAACAAUGCAAGAUGCUCCUUCAAUACUUUUUUGUUGGUUGUUUGGUUACUUAACGUUUCUGUUUACUGCUGUUUUGAAGGUUUUCUGUAGAUGUACACAAAGUCUUCUGAUUCCAUAUCACUGUUUUUCUCUUCCUAUUAUUUAAUCUUCUUAAAAGGACUGCUGUAUAUCUAUUACUACAUAUUUAUUGUGAUAAAUAUACAUUUGAACACUACACAUAA